AUGGCGCUAUUCCAACUACUCAAUCGCCGCGUGAUACGCGCAUUUUGGCUUUUACUGGCCCUGGGGACGGUUUAUACGGUAUCGGCGUAUAAGCAGGAAUGGUUGGAUAACCCGAGGGAGCUAUCGCUACAGGAGAUUGAUGACCAAUUACAGACAUGCGAAGUAGUCCAAGAACUCAACUUCCGUAAGGUACAAGGUGCGCCGACGCACGAGAGUUGGACUAAGCAAUUGUUUGCGAUAUUGUUCCCCGGAUCGCCUGCUGUCAAUGCUUUACUUGCUACCGCUUAUAUCUCUGGACCUCCGAACUUUAUUCUAGCACUCGUUCCCGCUAAUAUCGAUCCCGCGAGUUUGACGGUUAUGGUGGCCUUUGCGGUCGGUGGUCUUCUUGGAGAUGUCUUCUUCCACUUGAUGCCUCAGACGUUUAUGGGCGAAGUCCAUGAGGAGCGUGUCCGCUUUGUUAUGGUUGAGGAGAAGCGAAAUACUCUGUUGGGAUUAGCUAUCAUGGUUGGGUUCGUGGCUUUUAUUGUUCUGGAUAAGGGUAUGCGAAUUGCUGCCGGUGGUGGGGAUGGUCAUUCGCAUUCUCAUGGUCACGAUCACGGCCAUACGGAGGGUACAUCGACUGCAUUGGCUGAAAAGUCUGGAGAAUUGAGGCAGAGGAAAGGAAGGGAUGAGAAGGGAGAUUCUGCGGUUGCGAAGACUGAAGAGAAGACUCCGGGGAUGUCGAUUAAGGUUUCUUCGUACCUUAAUAUGGCUGCCGAUUUUUCCCAUAAUAUCACCGACGGUUUGGCUAUUGCGGCUUCUUUCUAUGCCGGACCGACUAUUGGUGCCACCACCACUGUCGCCGUGUUCUUCCACGAGAUUCCACACGAAGUUGGCGAUUUCGCCUUGUUGAUCCAGGGAGGUUUCACGAAGGGACAGGCCAUUGCAGCACAAUUUGUCGCAGCGAUCGGCGCAUUCUUGGGAACAUUCAUUGGUAUCUGGAUUCAGGAGUACAGCGCACCAUCCAGCGACGCUGGGAGUGCUGAAGGAGCCGCUGGCCUCUUCGGAACCUCUGCUACUCUUGGUGACCUGGUCCUUCCGUUCACUGCCGGUGGUUUCUUGUAUAUUGCUACCGUCGGUGUGAUCCCAGAGCUUUUGGAAACCGGACCGAAUAGGGGACUCGAGUUGAAGAAAUCGUUAGUGCAGGCGCUGGCGAUGGCUGCCGGUGCCGGCAUCAUGUUGGCGAUUUCUUGGGCUGAGGCUUAA